AUGGAAAACAUGGGUUUUGGGGGAACUGACAUGACGGCCAAUGACCGCGUUCUGCAGGCUCAGCAGAGUCAAGGAGCUGCUCAAGGAAGGAGCUCGCAAGAGUUCACUGAGGAGGCUUUGCAACCUGCGCUGACAGAAACAUCUUUAGCUCCAGAUAGUCCUAGCACCUCUUCGGUCACUCAGCUCAACAACUCUGAACAGCUACCAGCUCCAGCCCUAGAUCUCACUCUGCUGUCAGACCCUCAGGCGCAGAGCUUGGAAGAUACUCAAGUGAAGCAGGGCACCUUGUUGAUGUACAGUGGCAGCUUUGAUGAAGCGGACGAGUAUUUCAGCGCUCUGAAGCACAUACAAGCGAACCCCCGGUUUUCACUCCACAGCGCCCAGGCAGUCCUCUUGAAAGCCCUGCUCAGCUUGGACCCCGCGGUGGUUUUACAAGCAGACUCCCUGUUGGUGCUAGUCGAGAAACAGGCUGUCGCGCACAUUGCCGCAUGGAACGGGUUGGCAUUUCAGACACAGAAGGCGAAGCUCACCAAGGCCGUUGCCACCAGCCUCACAUCAGUCAAGGCUGCUGUUGGCAGCCCGCUGAAGGGCAUGCAAACGUCCCUGAAGGCCAUGGUGACUAAGCUGCGCACGGGCAAAGAGAUGUCUGCAGUGGCAACAACUGACGACGUGGAUGCUGCGCAAUACGACGACGAAAAGGUCAUUGGGGCCACCUACACGAUCCCAGUGCUCGAGGUCAAGGAGCAAAGGAGGAAAGAAUGGCAGAGACAGAAAGCCGUCGCAAGGUGUACAGCUCUACAGGCUGAGGCAACCUUGCUCCAAGGUCUGCUGCAAGUAUCUGUGGAAGGAGAGUCUGCCAUGGGGGACGAGCAAUGGGGCGCAGCCCUCAAGCUGGGGCUUGGCAUCCGGAAAGCAUGGAACCUGUACCAGAGCUGUCAGAAGCAGAUCGAGAAGGUGACUGCACUCGAAGCCGCUGCCGCUGCCGCUGAAGAAGCCGACCAACAGAAGCAAAAGAAAGACACCGGCAGGUCUGUUCGGCCGACUGCAGACGGCGAGCUCAGUCAACAGGACGAAGGACAAGAGUUGGCCUCGGAACAAGAACGGAGCAACAGCAACCGGGGACGCAAAGGGGGAGUAUCUGGGACCGGUCUCGUGGAAAAGAUCAUCGGACGGGAGCCCCCCCCGGGGGAAGAAGUAGCGCCGCUGGUAGAGGAAGCCGGGCCGAGCGAAGCUCCAAAGAGCAGCGGGGCGAAGCAGUCACUGACAAGCAAGUGGUUCGGAAAGGGCAGUGCGAACAAGAGCGAGGGAAAUUCCGGAGCACAGCCGUCGAGAGACGUGGCGAGAGAGUCCAACGGAGAGGGCGCGGACAAAGGCGCGGAUUUUUGGACGCGCGCAAAGGGCUUCAUCAAGAAGAAGAUCGGCAAGCGGGGCGAGGACGACUCCGACUCGGACGAGGAACGCCGCGUGCGGCGCCAGCAGCCGAUCGACGACUCGGGCUGGGGCAGCGACGACGAUGACGUCAGCGCCGAGCCCGGGGGCGGGAUGCGCAAGCUGUGGCGCGCCGGCAGCCGGCGGAGCUCACGCAAGAGCGCGAGCAGCCGGCGCGCGUCGCGGGUCAGCCGGCGAUCGAGCAAUGCGAGCGAGCUGGCGUCGCAGUCCCGCAGGAUCAGCGCGGGGCAAGCGGGCGGGGCUCUUAUAAAUCCUGCGGCGGUGCACGCGGUUGAUGCCAGUGUCGGGAAGGGGCCAGCGCGCCGUGGUAUGGAUGACGCAAGCAUUCUGGGGCCCAGAGGAGCGACGAGCCCAAAAGCAAUUGAAGAAGAGAGUGGGACGCCGACUUCCGCCCUGGCUGACGCAAGCAAGGGGCUGGAGACAGACCCUGUGCUGACGUCGGUAAAGGCGCAAGUCGACUUCGGUUUGGGCAUGCUCCAGGUGCUGGUGUCGUUGAUUCCGACCAAGGUCCAAAAGGCCGCCGAGGUGCUGGGCUUCGCAGGAUUCCGAUCAGCUGGCCUGGAGCUGCUCGAGAAAGUAGCCGCCGAGCAGAACGAGUGGUCGCAGCUGGCUUCAAUGCUGCUUCUAUACUACCACACGGUCAUCCAGUCGUUCCAGCCGGAGUCCUUCGCGCACGCGCGCGACGCGCGGCGCCUCCUCGCCGCGCUCAAGCAGGCCUGGCGCGCGGGCGACAUGUCCCCGGGCGCGCUCUCCGCGCUGCUCAGCGCGCGGCGGCUGCGCUACGACGGCGAGCUGUCGGACGCCGUCCAGAUCCUGGAGGAGUCGGACGCGAACGACCGGCCAGAUUCCGCUCUUCCAGAUCGGAACGGAGCAGAGGAAGCAAUCAAAGCGGAAUCGGAACUAAGCGAACUGAACAAAAACGUGCUGUACGAGCUGGGCUGGUGUUACCUCCUUACGGGGCGGUACGGCGACGCCGCGGGCGUGUUUGCGCGCCUCCGGCGCGCGCAGCGGACGCGCGUCGCGAAAGCGCGCGUCGUUGAAGAGACGCCCGCGGAGGAAAGCGCGAGACCGGCGCUCGCUUCGGAAAGCGAAAGCGCAGGAGAACCGGCGGCAACCGGGGUGCAAAUCGACUUUCUGAGCGAUAGCACACCGUCUCCUAUGAUGGGGAAAGACAGCCCCCUGAAUCCGAAGGCUGCCCCCCGGCAGGAGUAUUGCGAAAUAGAUGGCCCUUGGGGACUUUUCUAUCUGUCGCUGGAGGCGGCAUGUCGGUGGGAAGCAGGAGAGGAGCAGCACCCGGCGGCGAUGAGGCUCAUGUCGGAAAUUGUGGAGUCGGCAGCGCAGAACACUUCGAGGGUGGGUCUCGACGCCAACGACGUUCCUGCAAAGGCCGCGCUCGCGCCCUUCGAAGCCCACUGGCUGCGGCUCGCGCGCGACUUCACGCAGCACCGCGGUGAAGCGCCGCUCUUCCCGGCGCUCGAGACCGCGGCCCUCUGGAACGGCUUCCAGCAAAUGAGCCGCGCAGAUCUGGAGAAGCACGUUGAGAAGAUCGAGAGCGUCCUGGGCAGCGGAGAGGUUUCUUGGGGCAACAAGCGGAAGGCGAAACCUGCCGCGGUGGCAGAUGGUCAGGGGACGCCCAAGAGCCCCGAGAGCACUCCCCCGAGCGCCGGAAGCGGAAUUGCGCGGCAGAUGAUAACCGACCUGCUAACGGGCGCCCCGCAAGGAGAUCCUGGCGUCAGCGGGGAUGUCACUGCGGAAGAAGUGACGUCAGCACUCUCGGAUGAGAGCCUGCAAAGCGCGCCGUCCGUUUCCGCAAGUUCCGCGCCCGCCCCGGUCGCUUCUGAGCGAUCGGGGGAUCAGGAGUACGGGCACAGCUGGUCGAUUGAGAGCGAGAUGCUGUGCAAGUUCCUGCUCGGGUGCUGCCACAAACACCUGGGGGAGACGGAGAAGGCGUCGGACGAGCUGGCGUUUGCAAUCUCGGUGGGGCAGAACAUUGGCGGGCACAUCGUCCCGUUCGCUUGCUACGAGCUGGGCUCCAUGCUUCUACAGUCCGCCGCGACAGCCGAGGAAGGGCUCGUGUAUUUGGAAAAAGCAACGGACUACCCUCCGCACUGUUUCCAGGGCCGUCUCAAGUUCCUAGUCAGCGAAAGGUCGAGAACUUACAAGGAAGAGAAGCGUUAG